AUGGCAGCCAUUUUCAAUGCAGAGAAGGCCGCUGUCCGGGCUGUUGAAUAUGAGAAGAUGCUGAAAAAACAGCUCAUCAAAAGGCUCCAGGAACUUGAAAACUCCGGCGACGCUGGCGAAGUCGCACCUACUAGCAUAGGAGAAGUUGGAAGUGAAAUCGCCGGUGGAAACAUUGCAACAAAAGCCAAAAAGAGAAAAUUCGACUUCUCAUCGCAUCCCAAACGGUUCGUUGCGUUCCGUUUUGCCUAUAUGGGCUGGAACUAUAACGGGCUCAACUUCCAGUACGAGCCAACUCCGCUACCUACAGUGGAGGAGGAGAUUCUUUUAGCCAUGACCAAAGCCAAAUUGGUGCCUGAGGCUGAUCCAGCCAGUUGCAAUUUCAGUCGUUGUGGCCGUACAGACAAAGGUGUGAGUGCAUUGAACCAGGUUAUCUCGUUGGAUGUUCGGUCUUCACUUUCUGCUGAAGACCAGAAAAUUCAGCUGAACGACAAGAAGGAGCUUCCGUACCUUACCAUUUUAAAUGCACUUUUGCCACCAGAUAUCAGAAUCACAGCCGUGUGUUUGCGUCCGCCAGAGGGUUUCGAUGCCCGUUUCAGUUGCUCGUACAGACACUACAAGUACAUUUUCAAGAAGGCCGACUUAAACAUUGAUUUGAUGAAAGAUGCUGCUGCAAGGUACGAAGGACCCCACGACUUCCGGAAUUUCUGCAAAAUUGACGGAUCCAAACAAAUCACCAACCAUUGCCGUGAGGUGUACUCGGCCAAGAUCGUUCAUCUCCACGAUGACUUAUACGUGUUUGACUUGAAGGGAACGGCGUUUCUCUGGCACCAGGUACGGUGCAUGGUUGCUGUAUUGUUCAUGGCAGGCCAAAAGUUGGAACUACCAUCCAUUGUUGACGACUUGCUUAACAUAGGAAAAUACCCUAGCAAACCCGUAUACGAGAUGGCCAACGACAUUCCUUUGGUGUUGUACGACUGUGUUUUUCCAGAAAUGGAAUGGCUCAACUCUGCAGAUGACUUUGAGGGCACCCAGAAACAGAAACUCGCCAAGGAGCAUGGGCGCUUCAACGCUAUGCUUCUAGAUUACCAGCUUAAGUCAUCCAUUGCCCAAAUGGUUGAGUCCGUAUUUGUCAAGGAGUUUGAAAAUGAGAGCCAGCAUCAAGAUGCGGGCACCAUCAAUGUUGGAGACGGUCGGGGCCGCAACUUCAAAUGCUAUGUUCCACUUUCAAAGAGAGAGCUAGGUGACACGGUGGAGACUGUCAAUGCCAGACAUCGGGAAAAGAAGCAGAAAAAGGGAGAGGCCAAUUAG